AUUACUCUUUGCAAGAAUUCGUCACCUGUUUUUUUAAUCUUGAUAUUUGUGUGCACGUGAAUUAUCAUUGUAAUAAUUUUAUUAAUAAUUGUUUAGGAAUGUGGGAACAUGAUAUUCUCUCUGUCAAUUGUAAUUACGUUAUACGACAUGACUCGUACAAUCUUUGUGUAAAGUCAGCAUAUUUAAAAAUUAAAUUUUUUUUUAACGAAAUCUAAAAAAUAAGUAUUAAAAGAUAACAUUUUUACAGAUUACAUUAUUUAAUGAAAAAAAUUGAAUUGCGAUAUUAACAUAAUUAAUACAUUAAGAAUAUCAUUCAAUUUCCAAAUGUUUUUUGCAUCUGUAAACUUUUCAUUAGCUCUCUCCAUGACCUAAUGUAUAUUUGGUUUAUUUCACGUACAAACAUGUAAAGUGCAACGUAACAAGAAUAAAUGCACUGAGAACAACAAAAAUUCAUCUAGGGUGAUAUUUUAGAAAAGUUUCAGUAAUUGUUAAUUGUAGCAGAUCAGCUCUUAAAAAAAAAAAAGAAAAAAAAGAAAUAUUUUCAAUGUAAUUUCGCUGUAUUUCGCCUCUUUUAUUCUCAAAGUUUAUUUUUCAGAGUACGAUGUAAAGUUAGGCGCAUCUCCCUAGUUUCAAUGUUCCUCCACCAAUCGCGCGUACACUCCGCUCGCGGGUGCCAUGGCAACCGAGUCGCGCGCCAUCGCCAUCGCAACAUUCGCAACUCGUAAAGUCGCAAACGUCGUUCGACCGUGCAACGCGACGGACGUGUCGGCGGUGGUAGACGGUGGACGGUAGACGGUAGACUGGUGGAUCGUCGUCGCGAUUCAACGUAGUACUCUCGCGCGUCAAGACAACGUUUCCCGCCCUGUCGUCACUCCGCGCGAUCUUUUUUUUCCUCUCUUCGAGGAGUGCCGCGCGAAUCAAAGUGAGACUUGUUAGAAGAGCGAUUCGGGGACAACCGACGGGACUGAUUGAAAGGAGGGAACGCGAUAAUACGCGGGUGGAGAAAUUUCGUUCCUUCCAUAGUCGGGUGUCGGGUCGCGCUCCCGCGGCCCAGAACAUUAGCAGAGGUGGCGUGGGGCACGGCCGUGAUGGAAUUGCAGAGCUGGUUGCUCUAUCACUUAGUGGCCGUCACCGACUGCAAUCAAGUUACGUUUGCCUGAGUUUGCCGGACCAUUAUUCACACACGCACAGCCCUCUCGCCGCUUCUUUAUUUAAUUUUCCAUCCCACUAUCACGAUCCAGAGGAAACAGUGGUCUACCGAUGUUUGACGUGAUGCAGUCGGCGAAUACAAUCGGAAAUGGCGGCGGCGGCGGAUCGUAUACAACCGGUGGCGGAACCGGAAGUCGCACUCGCGAUUUAGGGCUGCGCGCCCAGAAAAAGCUUCUGGGUCGCAUAGUAUCCACCGGUGCCGGCCGAUCGCUCUUCAUCGACGAUGCCACGACGUCGUUGCUUGAUAAUCUUUACAAGCUGAUGGAGAAUAUCGCCAAGAGUAAUCCGCACUUGGACAAGAAGGAACCCGAGAAGGUUCUCAAGAAUAUCGUCAAAUUGUCCAUUAAGAUCGGGCUCGUGCAACGCAGUCAUCAAUUCCGUCCGAAUGACGCCGUGAAGCUGGACGAGCUUCGGGAGGCUCUGGGAACGGUGGCGAUGACGGUCGUGUCGUUCUACGAGGUUGACUACAGUUACGAUCAAGAGUACCUGAUAGGCUCGUUGGAACGUUGCCGAUCGUUGGUGCAAGAACUGAUAAAGCCGCAUCUUACGGACAAGUCGUUGCAACGUUGCGACCAGGUAUUCGACUUCCUGGUAUAUCCGAAAUUCUUGGACUCGGUAUUCCGAUACGACUCCGAACACAGACCCGUCCUCGGCAUGCUAGUCAGUGAUCUCAACAAGGCGUUGGACGCCAGACGGCUUUGAUUCUUCAAGGACGAUAUUUGCGCGAUUUUGACAGAAGCGGAUCGACGAUCGACAAUCGUGAUCCGAUGACCGCCUCCUUCGGCAACGACGGUUUCACGAUCGUGAUCGAUGACGAGAUUCAUCGAUGAAGGCGAAUGAAGGAGAGGUGGAUACAUUGAUACAUGCACGCUUCGUCGCACUUUGUUUCACAACAAACGGACAAACGUGUUGUAUACUUUCAGUGUGAUGACAGUAUAGUUUUUCGUAGCGAUAGAUUAAAAACAAUGUGUUUCUUGCUCGCGACAUACCAUCCCCACUAACAAGUAGCCGGAUCGAGCUACUCAGCGCGGACCACUCGCUCACUGAUUUAUGCAAUAAUUGUCUAAUACUCCGCUUAUAUUUUAAGGACACAGUCACACCUGCGUUACGUAUAAUUGACGUAUAAUAUACAUAUAUUUAUGUGCAGAAUAAAAUCGGCAAUCCGUACCAAAAAGGGAUAUAAUUAGCUUAGUUAAUAAGAUGACAUAGAAGAUGAAAUUGUCGCACAUUUUCUCUAAAAUUCAAUGCUAACGCGAUUCUCAAUAUUCAACAAUACUUCUAUUUGCCU